GACAGCGCGGGGACAGCGAGGGCUGUCCCGCGGCGCUGCCGGGACGGGCAUGGGCACACGGGGCUCUGCAGACAUCGCCACAUCCCAGCCCCAAACCAUUGGGACAGCCCGAAGAGGGCAGGCAGGCGCUGUGCCCCGAGUCCCCAGCAGGACGCUGUGUGUCCCUGCAGGACGGCCAUGGCUUCUCCCACAGCCAGCCCGCAGCUGCUGUACCGCAGCACCCGCCUGCUGCGCACGGCCUUCCAGCACCUCCACCAGCAGCAGCAGCGAGCCGACGUCUUCUGCGAUGUGGUCCUGUGGGCUGAAGGCGAGGCAGUGGUGGCCCACUGCAGUGUUCUCUCCGUCUGCAGCCCCUUCUUCAUGGAGCAGCUGGGCCGGGAGCUGCCCCCCCAGGGUUGCAGGGUGGUGCUGGAGCUGGCGGGGCUGAAGAUUGGGGUGCUGCGCAAGCUGGUGCGCUUCUUCUACACUGCCGAGCUGGAGGUCACGCAGGAGGAGGUGCACGAGGUGCUGGCAGCCGCCCGCCGCCUCCGUGUCACCGAGCUCGAGUCACUGCAGCUCUGGGGAGGACGCCUGGUGAGACUGGGACCCCAGCGGCAGCUUGACCGCUCCUGCCUGCAUUCCACUCAGGAAGUCUCCCCCGUGGUGGCACCUGACACAGCUGAGCCUAGCAGUGCCAGCUCUGGGGUGUCCCCCCAAAGGCAGCCACACUCUCUGGGGCACACGCACCCCAGCCCCAUCGGGCGGAUGAGGCUGCGGAAGGUGGAGCGCUGGGGGUGCUGGGAGGUGGUGCGGGAUGUGCAGCCCCCCCCUGUCCCUUCACCAGUACCGGUGGGGGAUGUGGGGGUGACAAAAGCACAGCCCCCCCAGGAUGAGGAUGCACGGGAGCAGGUGAGCAAGUCCUCCCCGCCCCAGCAGCCCCCCAGUGCAAACGGGAUGCAGCAGCGUGGGGACUCCCCUGUGUCCCUGCAGGGCUGCCAGCAGGCAGCACCCCCAGGGACCCCGGGAAGUGACACCAAGGAAGAGGAGGUGGAUGUGGGGACAGGGGAGCUGUUCCUGCCCCCUGGCACAGUCUGCCUCUGGCCCAGUCCUUCAUCUGAGUCAGAAGAGGAGGUGGAUGUCCUCACCUAG